AUGUCGCCCAGCCCCGGCGCAACAGCUGGACUCGACUUUGCCGGCGAGGUCGUUGCCCUGGGCGAGGCAGUUGACUCGACCUCCUCCCGACUUGCCUUGGGAAAACGGGUGUGCGGCUUUGUAUUCGGCAACAACCCAGACCGGCGCGAUAAUGGUGCCUUUGCUGAGUACGUCGCUGUGCCGGCGUCGCUAGUUCUCUGUAUCCCGGAGUCCAUGACGUUUUUGGAGGCAGCGACGCUACCAUGUGGUCUGGCCACCACUGGAGGGGCACUUUAUAAUAGCCAUAGCCUUGGCCUGCCCCUGCUGGGAUCUGGGUCCGAGGUGAACAGCUCGAACAAGUCUCCAACCUACGUACUAGUGUACGGUGGGAGUACAGCGACGGCAACGCUGAUCAUACAGGUGCUGCGACGGCAUGUCUAUAUGUCCGGCUUCAUUCCAAUUACCACCCGCUCCCCACACAACUUCAACCGCCUGCAACAGCUGAGUGCGGAGGCGACCUUCGACUACCGCUCGCCCACCUGUGGCUCGGACCUGCGCGACUACACCCACAGCCGACUGGCCUUUGCCAUUGACUGCAUCAGCUCAACUGGCUCGGUGCAAAUGUGCUACGAGGCCAUCGGGACUGCCGGUGGCAGAUACGUGUCGCUGGACCCUUUCCCCUUGAACAAACACACUCGUCGCAGUAUUCGGCCAGAGUGGCUAUUCAGCUUCACGAUUUUCGGACAUGCGAUUGACUGGGACGCCCCGUACAACUUCCCAGCCCGGCCAGAUGACCGAGAAUCGGCCGAGCGGUGGUAUGCGGAGAUUGAGGCAAUCCUGGCGACGGGUGAACUUGUCACCCAUCCAUUUCUAGGAGGAGACUGGUGGCUUGUCCAGUGUGAUCGAUGGCAUAGGGGCAGUGCGCAACGGACAGAUAACAGGUUAUAA